CCACACAUCUGCCGUCCAAUCACGUUUCAGCAGUGUGUGAAAAGCGAUUUGAACCUGAACGCGCCUUCCUCACUCCCCCAGUUAGCCUGUGUGCUACCGCUAGCUCCCGGCUAUCACCACCAGGAAAACGUGUGUUUAUGUUACAUCCAACAUGGACGCGGCCUUUAAAAGAGGGCUCCAUGAAAACAGCUUUCAAUUCAAAAGGUCGCUGGACCGAAUCGUGGACAAGUAUUCAAAGCUUCAGGAUCUGGACGAGGGGUUGGAGGUGGACCUCGCAAAUACUCAACACCGAACACUUGCACGCUACAUGAAGCUAUCAAGACAAAGGCUCAACAAUCUUGAAUCAAAGAACCUGACAGAUAUGAGAGAUGAGCCAUUAAGAGCACGAGACAUUCCAGGAAACUCUCAGCUGGACUUCACCUAUGAAGAUGGUGGAGCUGAUGAUACUAGUGCGUCCAGCAGCCAAUAUUCUGGGGAUGAUGACGAUGAUGUGAUGUCACAAAGUAACAUGACCGAGCUGACUGUUGGCUCAUUGGAGGAGAGUGAGCGAAACUUUUCUGAAACCGAGCUCCAGCCCGAGGACCAAGAUGAGGAACUGGAAAUGACUCUGAGGCGUCAGGGCAGCUCUUUUGUGGAGCUCUACCCCAGCAUGAUUGGUCGAAUAGAAAGGGCCCGGCAACGGCAAAAUCUCUCCAUGGCCGCUGACUCGGUGCUUAGGAGGUACCACAGGUGGCGACAGCAGUCGAGAGAAGUCAGUCUCAACAACACUCUGAGGCACAGCAACCCAGGAAAGAUGACCGGCAGGAUGCAGCUCAAGGAGACCUCUAACAGCCCAGAGAGAAGGCAGUUCAUGGUGACUAAAUCUGUCCCUCGCUCUCCCUUCACAACCAAUCGGCUGGCUUUGCAAGCAGAUCAGCCAUCUCCUGUAAGGGAGAGAAGCCCGCUGAGAAGAGAGCGGCGCCAUUCUGUCUGCGAGAUAGACCUCUCUAGACAAUUCUUCGAGACCUCUAAAUCGCAAGAGACCUCACUGAGUCAGAUAUACACUAUGUCUGAACAGUUGGGAGAACAGCCAUGCACUUAUGUUGGCAGUCCUUCACGGCCUUGCUAUCGCUCUGCAAAAUCAUCCUUGGACCAGUCUCUAAGGUCUAAAAGGCAUUCUCUCUCUGCACACUCAGCGCAGGCUCCUGGGUGCUCCACGUAUGCAUCAGAAGUCUCUUUUGCAGAAAGAUCUGGUAUCUACAGCUCCCCAGUCAGACAGAGUCCAUUAAAAUCACAGAUGAUAAACAGCCUCAGUAGAUCCCCUUACGCCUUCUCUAGGAGCCCCAAAGACCGUUCUGUGGAAAGCUUUUCCAGAGAGCCUGUGAGGGGCAGAUCAAGGUCCACUUCUCUGUCCUCCACUCCACAGAAGCCUGUAGUGCCACAGAGGAUGCUUUACCCUCAAAACUCCCAUCCCUCACUCCAGCCACAGCUGCAUUCACCUCAGUCAGCCACUGCAGGUCGUCCCAGGCUUCGGCGCCAUCUCUCCUUUGACUCCUCCCUGCCAUCCACUGGUGUUUCCUACUCCCCGAAGGAGCUUGAUGAGAAAUUCUUGACCCUUUACCACAAGUUUGUCUGCCUGAACAAAUCAUCGUUCUUUAACAGCCAUCCCUGCCGUAUUUGCGCGAGGUAUCCUGAGGCCAGCAGAGCUCGCUCUUCCUCAGCGUUAGCAGCUCUCGCCUUGUCGCCGCACUGCUCCAUACUGAGGAAACGCAACAGGGAGUUGGGCUGGGGCGACCAUCCCCUGUCCAAGCGCUCCAGGGACGAAUGCUACACAUCCUCCCCAGGGUCCAAACGCCAUGGGAAUGAAAUGGUGAGGCGCCGUCUCUGCCGCUCUGAGCUGUCUGGUGAUGACCUCUUCUACAGCUCAAGCAAACACAACAUGUGUAACAAAGUCAGCACGCAGCAGCGCUCAGCAGAUACACAUCAGGAAGCCAGGAUGAGACAGGGACGGCCUGUAUCUGCAGCUGAGUUCUCUGUUCUCUGUGGUUCUCAUGAGAGCAGCAUGGCAAAUUGCUCCUCCCCCAGGAAAUAAUGGACAUGGAUCACACCUGCUGUGAAACACCCUGUCUACAGGUUCUCCAACAAGUUUCAGUUUGUCACAUAACAACAAAGUGUUGUAAUUGUGUAGUAGUGUGAUGUUUCCAGUACAAAUAUUGUUUAACGUUCUAAGUUCUUAAGAUAAAAAAAACACUGGAAAAAAAAGUGGAAGUGUUUUUCUCAGCUGGCUCAGUCUGAGCUAAGAAGUUGUGAAGCUCUAAUUCCACUAUUGACACAUACAAGUUGUUGUUAUGAAGCUGUUAUCCUUCCCAGUUGUUUCUAUUUUUUUUUUUGAAUGCUGUUAAAAUAACUGAUUUGAGUGAUAAGGUUCACAAAUCUGUUAGGUUUUAGAGUUUGUACUAUGGUCUCUUACUGAAGAUAAAGCAGAAGCAUCAUGUUUAUUUCUGAGUAUUUAUUCAUUAUUAAAAAAUGUGUGUAAAUGCUGUUUCUGGUAUUAAAAACACAAAUAGUACAUACUCAUUGCAGUUGUUUAUUUAACUUUUCCAUUAUAUUCAUGUAAUGUUUAAAGUUAAGAAAAUCAAAAAAUCUACAACACUCAUACCCAAAAGAAAAUAUGACAGUGGUUAAUUUUUAUAAAGCAAAAAGGUAGAGAAAAACAUGAGGAAAUUAACGACCAUUUCACAUUUUGGUCACUAGCUUUGUGCGCUUCUCUGACAUGGCAAAUUCUAUCAAAUGCACAUGUUUGCUAGGCAAGGAAUGUUGACAUGUGUGAAAGUAGUUCCAACAUUUUUAUGAAAACACAUUUAUAUUGUAAUAUAAAAAAAA